AGCCCGUUUCCAAGGAUAAUGAUCCUGAAGAGAUUCAAGCGUCAGAUCCGAGCAACCAAGACUGAGUUGACGAUCAGCAGUCUCCACAUCCAAUCUACCAUAGUGUCCCGCUAUGCUUUUACCAAGGUGCAGACUGUUAUGGUCAACCCUCAUGAUGAAUCUAAGGAGGCCAUCUUUGAUUUGGAGUUACCCAGCUCGGCAUUCGUAUCUAAUUUCACGCUCACAGUUAAUGGUAAGACCCAUGUAGCGGAAGUCAAGGAAAAGCACCAGGCCAAGAAGAUGUACGAUGAAGCGAGACGUCAGGGAAAGACUACAGCUCAUGUUGGCACAAGGGAUCGAGAGACCGAGAAGUUCCGCGUUUCUGUGAACGUCGAGGCUGGUGGAGAAAUUACCUUCACAUUGACCUAUGAAGAACUGCUGAAAAGGCAACUGGGGAAGUAUGAGCACUCUGUUAGUGUGAGGCCUGGUCAGAUAGUCCAGAACCUCACCGUGCAGGUGACAAUCUCGGAAAGGACAGGGAUAGAGUACGUUCGAGUUCUACCUCUACGGUCCAGUCGUCUGCUUACUAAUAAUGUACGAGGUGAAGCAGCAGCACCCCCAUCUACUGAGAUAGAGAAGAGUCCACACUGUGCCCGAAUCACCUUCCAGCCAACACCCGAGGAACAGGCUGCCCAGUCCAACACCGGGAUCGCUGCCGAUUUUGUGACCCAGUAUGAUGUGACCUUGAAAGACCUUGCAGGUGAUGUUCAGAUCUACAAUGGUUAUUUCGUUCACUACUUCGCUCCACGUGGACUUCCUACAAUCCAGAAGAACGUGAUCUUUGUUAUAGACGUCAGUGGGUCAAUGUUUGGCACCAAAAUGAAACAGACAAAAAGUGCAAUGCAUGUCAUCUUAAGUGACCUCCACCGAGAUGACUCCUUCAAUAUUAUCACCUUCUCAGAUGUGGUAAAAGUUUGGAAACCUGCCACAUCCCUCCAGGCAACACACCAGAACGUCAAGAGUGCUAAGGAGUAUGUGAAUAAAAUUGAAGCUGAUGGAUGGACUGAUAUCAAUGGCGCAAUCCUGGCUGCUGCUUCCAUCCUCAACCAGACAUCAUCUAAACCGGAGAAAGGUGGAACAAAGCAGAAGAUUCCUCUCAUCAUAUUCCUGACUGAUGGCGAGGCAACCUCCGGUGUUACAGCUUCCACCCGAAUACUGGAAAAUGCAAAAAAGGCCCUCAAGGGGACCAUCUCACUGUUUUGUCUGGCAUUUGGCGAUGAUGCUGACUACAACCUCAUGCGUAGACUGUCUCUAGAGAACCGCGGUAUAGCACGACGCAUCUAUGAGUACUCUGAUGCCACACUGCAGCUGAAGGGAUUUUACGACGAGAUUGCAAGUCCUCUCCUCUUCGAUAUCGAGUUGGCUUACCUUGGAGAAACAGCUCAAAACGUAACGCAGACCCUUUUCCCCAAUUACUUUGAAGGCUCGGAGUUAAUAGUCACCGGGAAGGUAAAAUCUGGUUCCAAGAACCUUCAGGUUAGGAUGACUGCUCAUGACCAGAAAGAGAAGAUCAGCUUAGAAAAUGACAUCACAGUGGAGGACAAUGACACGCAAUCCAGUUUUGGAUGUUCAGGCAGUGUGGAUGAAGUUCAGUGGUUUGUUCAAAGGCUUUGGGCCUAUUUCACCAUUCAGGACUUACUACAGGCAAAGUUCAAGACAAACGAUACUAUCGCUCGGAAGAUCCUAACUGAAAAAGCCACCAAUUUGUCCCUCAAAUAUAACUUUGUGACACCAGUCACUUCCCUGAUUGUAGUAAAGCCUGAUGAUCCAGAGGAACCCAAAACAACUCCAGCGACCACUACUUCUACUACAUCACUGCCUAGCACUACAGCUCAACCUAUGCCAGUGACCUCCCCUACUACAGUAUCUAUCACUACUCCAACUAUUCCUCCUGUAAAAGCCAAGACCACCACCAUUUCCAGACUUAUAAGGCCAGCCAAUAAAACAUCCAGAACAUCAAAUACGGCAAACAUAAGCACAACAAGACCAACCACUUCAAGACCAUCAACCAUCUCUCAAGUUACAGGAACUAGAGGUCAAGCUACUGUAACUCCAGGAAUUACCACGACUGGUAUCCUAGGUAGGAUGACUGCGAUAGCUUCUGCUAAUAGUCCAUUUCCAACUACUCACACAAAUUACCACCACAAUACCCCUCUGCUUCCCACCAGAACACCUCAACCGAGCAGUUUUAUACCCACAGUGACAGCUGUCUCCAAGACAGAAAAAACGUCUUCUACUUUCUUGAAUUCUAACCUGCCAAAGAUCUCAGUGGCUCCAAGCAGAGGGCCUAUCAUCUCAACGACAGAACCCACCCCAGAGACACCGACUGGGAAUCUCUCGACCUCUUCUGUAGGUACAGUUAUGCCGGAAGAACAGGAUCAAGAUGAAGUACAAGAGACCACAGUAUUUCCGACUUCUGUCCCUGUGAACCCUACUUCCCUGAGGCUUCUUAUUCUUCCUGAUGAUACUGAACUUCUACCUGGGACCUUCUCAUAUUCAUCCUUUGUGGAGUCCUUGAAUCCUCCCCCGGUUUACAGCUAUUUUGAGGAGAUUGCAGGUUCCAUUUUCAACAGUGAAAAUAUAGGAGAAGAUGAGGACAUGGACUAUAACAUAGACUAUUUAGUCGGGGAACCAGAUACAGACCAUGUCAGCGCUUCUGGGGGUGUUCCUGGACUUCAGACCUUCAUGUCUUCUGUUGAUGGUGAUCCUCACUUUGUGGUCAACCUGCCUCAAAUCCGGGAGAAGUUGUGUUUCACUCUAGAUGGACGUCCGGGAGAUAUUCUGAAGCUGCUCUCCGAUCCAGUUACAGGAAUCACCGUAAAUGGACAUUUAAUGAAGGCUCCUGUGAGAAUUGGCCAUGAAAACCGCCUGCGGACUUACCUAGACGUCAUUACGAUCACCGUUAACCAGCCGCGGUUCGGCUACGUGAUCAAUGUCUCCCUGGACAGUUUGAUGUUGAAGGGAGAAAAACUGAUGGUUCUCCCCUUAAACCGAGCUGCUCUGCUGAGGAAGCCCAGACUGACCAUCAAGAUCGCUCCGUCCUCCAAUAUCACUGUGUGGAUCGGUCGUCAUGUGGAGCUGCUGAUCCUGUUUCAUCGCUACCAACAUCCAACCUAUCUGCAGAUAAACCACCUGGGCUUUUACAUUGUGAGAGGAGACGGGCUGUCUUCCAGCUCUGGAGGACUGCUAGGACAGUUCCAAAACGCCCGCAUAGAAGUGACUGAUCGAAAACAGGGCAAUGAUGUGACCUUCUCCGGAACUCUGACAAGAGGCAAUCACACAGCCCCGGCGACUCUCGUGGUAAAAUCCUUGAAGGACUCGUCCUCGCAGACGCACAUGUCCAAAUGUUGGCUGGUGAAACACACAGAUGUGGAGGAUAUUCUCAGCGGAAACUACCUCUCCUAUGUGGUAUCAGACCUCCAAGACAUGUAAAACCUCCUGCUGCUGGACACAUACAGAUGUAGCAGAGCUGAAUUUAUUACUGACCCGUCCGUUUUGUGCAACUAAUUAAUUGUCAUGACCCUUGACCCUAGUGUCUUAAAGCUGUAGAUUGUGAUAAAACAACUUAUCAGCUCUUCAAUGACACACUCAGCACUGCUACAUCUGUAGUCAAAUGGUUUUAAUCUGGCGUCCGAUAACCCAUAAAGUCCGAUAAUCCGGCACUUGUUUCAAGCACAGAACUGUAAUAGGCUGUACGUACGUGAAAGGACUGGGACGUCGCGGGAUUUGGUUUACGUCUUUGUAUAUUUAUAUGAGAGAAAUGUUAAUUAAUAUGUAUAAAAUGUAAAAAGGCAAAGUAUAAUGAAAAUGAAUAAGGUUCUGUAUAAUAGAGCGGUAUUGUCCGAUCUGUGGGUCUCCAGGGGCUGCAAAACUACAACUCCCAGCAUGCGCCGACAGCCGAAGUCAUGCUGGGAGUUGUAGUUUUGCCACCACUGGAGAGGCACGGGUUGGUUACCACUGCCAUACAUGAAAUCAUGUUCUUUUUUGCUGCCACCACUGGUUUGCUCCCUAUAAAGCAGCAAGUCUUUUUUUAUAAUUUUUUUGGAAACAACGCCACCCUUGUCUGUUGGCGGUAUUGCAGCCCAUUAAAUUCAAUACUAUCUUUAUAAAUUCAUGUCAUUAGCUCCCCCUAGUGGUGGCUACAUGCAGCCCAUUCAAUUCAAUACUAUCUUUAUAAAUUCAUAUAUCGUUAGCUCCCCCUAGUGGUGGCCACGUGCAGACAUAUAUUUGAAUGCAUUCCCGGAGUAACCCUCAUAUCAUAACCUGCUAAAAAUUUAAGUCAAAGGAUUUCAGGGGCCAUGUCUGCAGAAGCGGACACUUAUUAUAUAUAUAUAUAUAUAUAUAUUUUUUUAUUUAUUUAUUUAUUUUUUUUUUACUAAUUUCUGAUUCAUUAGGCCGCCCUAAAAGUGGAAUAUCCAUAGGAAGAAUUGUAUCAUAAAUGUAGCAAGUAUGUAACAGAGAUUUUUUAGAUUAUUGUACAGAGAGAAAUUCACCCGAAAUAUGUGAUAUAUUUCA